AUGAGGAUUUUAAUUUUGCUGCUUAUUGUGGCAGCAUUUGCAGUGAGUGCAAAGUAUUUACCAGGUAGUGAUAAUUCCAAUCAAUUAUUAAAUCGCUACAAGCGAUCUGACUCCGAAGAAUCUAAAGUGUCAUCUGAAGACAACAAUUCAAAUAGUAAUGAUGAUGACAAUGAUGACGAUGAUGAUAAAGAUGGUGGUGAUGUUAUCCUUCAAGAAAAAUUCAAAAAAGAGCAAUCUAAGCGCCUCAUAAAGCUUGAAAAGUCUAGGCUUAAAUUAUUAGAAAAACAAGAAAAAGAAAAACGAAAACGGGAAGAAGAGCAAAGAAAGCUUGAAGAGAAAAUUGCCAAGGAGUUGCGCAAAGAAGAAGAAAAAAGGCGAAAAGAAGAGCACAGGCGUGAAGAAAAAUUAGAAAAAGAAAGGCGAAAAUUGGAAGAAGCUGAGAGAAAAUUACAGGAAAAACAUUUGAAAAAUGAACGAAAAUUGCAAGAGAAGACAGAGGAACAGUUGAAAAAAAUAGAAGAAAAUACUUUUAAAAUGCAAGAAGCGGAUGUUAAUAUUUCGGGGUUAGAUUCAGGUGAUUCUAUAGAAUUACAAGAUUUUUGGAAAAAUCAUAUAUAUUCAAAAUACGGUAUAACCGAGUUCAAUACGAAUUUAGAAAAGACAGCUGCAUUAAGGAGGUAUAUGCAAGAAGAACUAGGUUUAAAGGCUAAUAGCACGGCAAGUGAACGUCGUCAAGCAGUGCUAAAUCUUAUUAAUAGUAAAUUACAAACUACAUCGGAACAAAAUGAAUUACAGAAUCAAUUGAUCAAUUAUAUAACUAAAGUUGGUGUCCAAAAAAUACGUGCAAAUCUGGAAAAAGAAAUCGAAGAAUUAAAAAAUAAGACAGAAACCCUUAACAAUGUUAAUUUACCAUGGGUUCCAGUUGCGAAACAAAACAUUGCCGAUCAGGUAUUAUUCUUAGGAACUGUAAAGGAGAUUUUAUCAAAUAUAUUGCCUAACUGGCUUAUUGAAAGCGACACAGAAUUAGAUACGGCAACUAACAGUGACAUUAAUAUAGUCGAUACUAUUAGCAGUCAAAAUGAAAACUCUUCUGAUCUUAAUAUAACUUUUGAUUCCAAGAUAUUUACAACCGAUAUAAAAGUUCCUAAUCCAGCUUUGACAAAUAACAACUCUUAUGAAAAUGUGGAACAUACUUCAUCUAGACUUUCUAAAAUUGGAGAUAAUGUCCUCGUGCCUUCUGCAGAAAAUAGUACAUCUGACCCCUCCUUUAAGAAGAAUGAAAAUGCUGCCACAGUUUCAAAUGUUUCUUCUAUUGUUUCUGAAUCAUCAUCAAGUGGGUCAGAAAACAGUCAAAUGCCACUUAAUGAGUUAGCAAAUUCUAAAGGCGGACCUAUGACACUAAAUGAAACAGAUAUUUCGACAUCAAAAAUCAUUAAUAACUCUCUUGACAUUGCUUCAUCCAUUUCUGAAGUGCCCACUACUAAUUCUAAGAAAACAUUUAGCAGCGAAGACACAUCCAGUGAUUUAAUCAGUAAACGCAUAGAUUCAAACUCUAAUAAAAUUAUUUCAUCGGACACUGCGCAAGCUAAGGGUUCCAAAAACAUCAAUGAAUCUACAAAUAAUGCAAAUUUGAACAUAAACACCCCCAAGAUUUCAGUAUUAGAGGGCAAUGUUUCUGAUUCUGAUUUAAUUAGUAACAACACUAAUAACAAUGUAUCUAACACUGGAAAUAACAUAUUUGAGUCUUCUGCAGAUAACAUCACAUCAUCUGCUUCUAGUGAGAAAACUGGCAAUGCUGUGUCAGUUUCAAACGAUGAAUCUAAUAUUAAUGAAUAUUCACCAAAAAUUAUCAGUAGCUCUCCUUACAAUUAUUUAUCUAAAGUGGCUGCUGACAGUCAAAAUUUAUCCAAUGAUCCUAAUAAUAGAAUCACAGAUUCAAGUUUUUAUGAAAUUUCAUCACCGAAUACAGCUCGACCUGAGGGUUCCUUAAAUGAGAAUAAUACGGACGUAAGCCAAAACCCGUUAAAUAUUUCAUCAAUUGAGCCCACAUUUGUAAAUAAAAAUAUUAAUGUUAGUGUCAAUGACAAUGACAUUUUAUUUGGAUUUUCUAGUACAGGAAAUGAACUAUCGACCAAUGAUAAUGACGGAGAUACAUUAUCUGGAGUUACUAGUGCUGGAUUUGGUAUCACUUCAACUUCUGUAAAUAAUAUCACUACAGCUAAUCUCCCUUCAGACAAUUCUGAAAAUACUGUCUCAGUUUCAACUGAUUUAUCCAAUGCUACUGAACCAUCAUCUCAUUAUAUGGAAAGGAGUCAACCUUCAGUUAUUAGACACUUAAAUUCUCAAAACGUACCUCAGAUAAUCAGUGAAAGAGGUACUUUGCCCUCGAUAACAACAGGUAUCGCUUCUGAUACUGUAUCACCCUACCCUGAAGUGACUUCUGAUGCUAAUAGCUUAUUCAGUAGCCAAAGUGAUUCUAGUGAUUUAGUAAAUAUGAUCACAGGUUCACCUCACAAAAUUAUUUCACCGUAUACUAAAAAUGCUACUAAAUUAACAAAUGUUGAUAGUAUAAAUAUUUCUAAUUCGGAACCUAAAACAAAUGGAAAUAUGAUUGAAAGUAAUGAGACUGAUACUAAUAUUUCAAAAAUAUCGCAGAGUAUCGUUACAGAAAAUAAUUUACUUACAUUUGAGAGUUCAAUAAAUGAUAACGAAAUCCAAGAAUCAAGCACACCUGAAUCCAUAGAUACUUCUAAAUUUGUAUCUAAGGAGCAUUCAUUAGAAUAUUUUGAAAACAACGUUACUGUUGCAAACAAUGAUAAUCAAACUUCUAAUUUAUCAAAUGUUUUGAGCGCAAGUACUAAAGACCUAAAAACAGUUUCUGGUAACCCAAGCCCCAACGUGGUUGAUCAAUCUGGAAGUUUCACUGUUGAAACUGCUGCCAAUGGUCUUAAAAUGGUGAAUAAUUUGGUAUCUCCUCAUAUCUUGGAUUUAAAUCCAAUAGAUAAUUUGCCAUCACAUAAUGAAAAUUCUAAUAUUACUGUCGCUGAUAAUAGCGAGAGUUUAUAUCAAACACCUGAUUCUCCAAAUAUUUCUAUUAAAGGCUCUACGGACUCUACGUUAGUCCAAUCUGAAAGGAAAAUAGCUGCUAAUCGUACAAACAUUAGCGUGGGUGAUGUUUUAUCUACGGCAACAAAUACUCCAAUAAUUGCUAUAAGUAAUGCAGAUCUUAAGGAAAAAGAAGUAUCAUUAACUUCAGCAGAUGAUGGUUUUUCGUCUAAUUUACUGCCUAUUAAUGACACAUCACAAGUUGAACACACUAUUGUCACCGAUAGUUCAAAUGUUCCUGAUUUGAAUGAUCAUGUUACGCAAAAAACAAUCAGGGAAGUUAGUAAUACCGUUAAUGAAGUCAAAGCACCUGACCUUUCUAGAUCUUUCAGUGAAACGCAAACAUCAAUUGCUAGUGAAGGAUUCGAGGUAACAAAACAAACCCCAAUUGCUGCUGAAUUUACUGUACGUGUCGAUAAUGCUCAAUUAAACACAGAAUCAAUAAAUUUAAAACAGCAAGCAAUAGAAAAAAAAGUGACGACUGAUGAACCGUUCGUUAAGACAAAUAUUGUAUCGGAGGUUAGUACCGAACAAAGUACCACCACGCAAGCAACAGAACAAGUAUUAGCUGAUAUAUCUACAACUGCCGAGUCGGAUAUAUUGAAAAAUGAGUCUAUAAAUGGAGAAAAGCUAUCUAUUGUAAAUGUUCCAGUUCCUGUUGAAUAUGGUGCCUUGGUGAUAAAUAUAACGAAACAGUAA